AUGGCUUUCCCUCUCAGCCUUUUCCUUUUGUCAAGUUGGACAGCUGUAGCUUUUACAUUCCCUCACAAUACUUUUGACAACAUUAUUAAAGGGUCAAGAGUUGAUUUUGAAUCAUCUGGCAGUGGACCGAACGAACCUGUCCGGGGAAUAGUUAAGGUUGUGCAGCUGGACCCUCACAUCCUGGCCCAGUCAGGGUUCAUCAGAGGGGGAGCGACCCCCAGAAGAGCCCCCUCCCUCGGUUCCACAUUGUCCUUCCCUGCGUUCUUGUCUCUCGGACGUCCAGGUCCGGCAUCCAGGACACCAGUGAGUCCGCUGCACCACCUGCGCCCCAAAAGCCCCCCUGAGGUGGACCUCAAAAAGAGGCAAGGCCUGCAGAUGUGGCAGAGGGCCAUAAAUAAAGGAGAGAAGAUGUCCCUGCCAGUCAACCUGAAGGACACGAAACAGACCUGCACUGCGAUGCCUUUCACUCAGCGCGUGACAGCAGACGGAUGCAACGUGGUGACAGUGCACAACAAGCUGUGUUUCGGCCAGUGCAGCUCCCUGUUCGUUCCAUCUGAAGGGGAGUUUUCCGGAAAAGGGGCCCUCCACCAGUGGGCCCCUUGUUCCCGCUGUGCCCCAUCAAAAGCUCACACUGUGGCUGUGCCCCUGCGCUGUGGAGUCGAGGUGCGGGAGAAGCGGGUGAUGGUGGUGGAGGAGUGCAAGUGUGAGACGAGCCGAGAGGAGAAGAGUGCUGAGGCUGCAGCGUUCACACACCUGUAA